AUGGCCGCCAUGAAGCCUGGAGCCAUUGUGCCCGCGGGGAAGGGCAGCGCCAAGGGCUAUGGUGGCAUGGCGCCCUGGUCGCCUGAAAAGCAAGCGCUUGUACAGCAAGUGAAAGACUUCCAGAAAGCUGGCUUCACUGAGAAGAAGCAGUGGGAGGUGUUCUGUCAGAUGAAGCAAGUUCAGAGGUACGACCCUGGAGCCCAUGAUGAAGCCUUCUUGAACGAGUUCUUUGCCCUGCAGAAGUCUGGGCAGAUCCAGGCUGACAUCAUGGACACUCCUGAGAAAGUUGAGUUAGUUGAGAAGGACUGUAAGCCCAACACCCGCAUCGCCCUGACUAGUGACAGCUAUGUCUUGCACAAGAUCCUGCCGAGCAAGGUGGACCCCUUGGUGCAGCUGAUGAAGGUGGAGAAGACACCGGACAGCACCUAUGAGAUGAUUGGUGGCGUAGAUAAGCAGAUCAAGGAAAUCAAAGAGGUCAUUGAGCUACCCAUCAAACAUCCUGAGAUCUUUGAAUCUCUUGGCAUUUCACAGCCCAAGGGAGUGCUUCUGUACGGGCCUCCUGGCACUGGCAAGACUUUGCUGGCACGCGCGGUGGCACACCACACCAAUUGUUGUUUCAUCCGCGUGUCUGGCGGAGAGCUCGUCCAGAAGUACAUCGGUGAAGGAAGCCGCAUGGUGCGAGAGCUGUUCGUCAUGGCUCGCGAACACGCACCCACCAUCAUUUUCAUGGAUGAGGUCGACUCCAUUGGCUCCUCUCGUGUGGAGGGCGAGUCUGGCGGUGAUUCAGAAGUGCAGCGUACCAUGCUGGAACUUUUGAAUCAGUUGGACGGUUUCGAGGCCACCACAAACAUCAAAGUCAUCAUGGCCACCAACCGGAUCGACAUCCUGGACGAUGCCUUGCUACGACCUGGACGCAUUGACCGCAAGGUGGAGUUCCCGAACCCCAACGAGGAAGCCCGUGGAGAGAUUCUGAAGAUUCAUUCCAGGAAGAUGAACCUCAUGCGUGGGAUCGACCUCAAAAAGAUUGCUUCGCAGAUGAAUGGCGCCAGCGGUGCGGAGAGCAAGGCGGUCUGCACUGAGGCUGGAAUGUUUGCGCUGCGUGAGCGAAGGCAGCAUGUCACCCAGGAAGACUUCGAAAUGGCUGUUUCGAAGGUUAUGAAGAAAGAUUCGGACAAGAACAUGAGUUUGAUGCAGCUCAUGAGGUGA